UCCGCCGAAUCUUUAAAUACCAAACCGUGAGAACUGGAUGGCAUCGACACAGUCGCUUCUUUGCCGAGCGCUCCAUUCCUUCUCGCGACCCGCCGUAGCUGCCAACUUCGCCUGCUUUAUCUCUACGCCGACGUUCUCCCGCGUCUACGCCACCCGGUACAUGGCUUCCGCUGCCGAGCCCUUCCUGAAGGUUCAGAUCCAGCGCGACGAUACUACCUUUGAUGCGUAUGUUGUUGGGAAAGAAAAUGCACCGGGAAUUGUGGUGGUUCAGGAGUGGUGGGGAGUUGAUUUCGAGGUCAAGAACCAUGCUCAGAAGAUUGCGAAUUUGGCUCCUGGUUACAGAGCUCUGAUUCCGGAUUUAUACCGUGGAAAGGUUGGUCUUGACGUUGCUGAAGCACAGCAUUUGAUGGGUGGCUUGGACUGGCCAGGUGCAGUCAAGGAUAUUGGUGCUUCAGUUCAAUGGCUCAAAGCCAAUGGUUCACCCAAGGUUGGUGUAACUGGAUUCUGCAUGGGAGGUGCCCUAUCCAUUGCCAGUGCUGUUUUAGUUCCUGAAGUUGAUGCAGCUGUGGGUUUCUAUGGUGCACCUUCUGCAGAACUUGCAGAUGCUGCAAAGGCAAAGGCACCCGUGCAAGCUCACUUUGGAGAACUUGAUUCCUUUGUUGGUUUCUCAGAUGUUACAGCUGCAAAGCAAUUGGAAGAGAAGCUGAAAGCUUCUGGUGUGCCCUCUGAAGUCUACAUCUAUCCUGGAGUUGGUCAUGCUUUCCUUAACGAUUCUCCUGAGGGAAAACAGAGGAGGAAGGAUAUGGGAUUGAAUGAUGAUGAUCCAGCAGCUAUAGAACUGGCUUGGUCUCGCUUCAGCUCUUGGAUGAGCAAAUACCUUUCUUCUUAAGCACCUUUUUUGUUCACAACUAAGGAUUCGUUUGGGACAACUUUCUUAUUGCUUUUUAAAGCAACUUUUUAGUACAAAAAAUUUAAUUUUUAUAUUAAAAAGCUGUUUAAAGAAGCAGUAAAAAAACCAUCCCAAACGAAACCUUAUCCGCUGCUUUGCAUCUGCUACUAUUGUGCUUUGCUACUGUCUUCGAGUUGAUGAGAGUGUCUGGUAGUAUUUGGAGGUGCUUUGUGUAGGACUUUAUUAAGUGCCAGUUUGUGUGAAAUGAAUUUUCUUUGGCUUAUAUUAUGAUUGCUCCCUAUGGAAAUCUUUUGUAGGUUGUAUGACUAUUAUGUUGUGUGCUGAAUUUUAAGGAUAUGAGGAUAAGCUACACUCAAUGCUAUCACUCUUUAAUGAA